UGGGACCCACUUAAAACAAACGAGCGGUGGGUUUAGCACUUUAGCCUUUAGCCGCUCCUCCUCCGAUCCGUCUCGGCUCUGCGAUCUUAAUUUCCCCGCGCCGCCGCCGCCGACGCCGCCGCCGAUCUCGCGCGCCGCCGCUCCCGCCGUUCCCGGCGAACGUCGCGCCUGAUACUUCUCGAGAGCCUCGAUCGCCCCAGGCUCCUUCCCCCUCUUGGGAGAUUCAUCGUUUUGUACUAAGCAGCGGCCAUAUGGAGAUACUGGAGGUGCCCGUCCAGCCGCCGCCGCGAAUAGGUAAUGGAGCUACUUCUUCAGCUUCUGAAAUAGACAACUCCCCUUGUCAAUGUGGCGAUGAUUCUCAAUCUGCCAGUACAGUGGAAUCCAAGAUGCAGCUUCCAGAGGACAUCCUUUAUCACAUACACACUCUCAUGCCUAUGCAGGAUGCAGCUCGUGCCGCCUGUGCAUCUCGUUGUUUUCUGCGUUCUUGGAGAUUCUACCCCAGGCUCAAUCUUAAUGUUAAUACACUACGCAUAGAUAAGAGAGCACCUAGCAAUGAUAAACUAACAAUUGAUUUCAUCAGUAGAGUCGACCCCAUUAUGCUGAAUCAUGCUGGCACAGGAGUGAAGAUGUUUAAACUUACAACCCACCCUUGUUUCAGUCUGCAUCCUAGUUAUGUUGACCGCUGGCUUCAAAUUGCGUUUGCACCAGGAAUCAAAGAAUUUGAACUAGAAAUGACCCGAGUUAGCAAGAUGGAUUAUGAUUUCCCAUGCUCACUUCUAUCAAGGGUAGCAAGCUCAAUUCAGUCUUUUUUACUUGGUGGCUGUUCUUUCCACCCUGGCAUACAAAUUGGUCAGAUGAGUACCUUGACAAGUUUGCGUUUAAGAUCAGUAAAAAUUACUGAGGAGGAAUUAUGCGGCUUUCUAUCCAAAUCCUGUGCUUUGCAGCGAUUGUUACUUUCAGACUGCCAUAAUAUUGUUGUCCUGAAGAUCCCCCAUCUGCUGGAGCUUAAUUACCUGGAAGUGUUGCAUUUUAGAAAAUUGGAGGUGAUUGACAGUAGUGCUCCAAAGCUCUCUACUUUCAUCUAUGCUGGCCCCCCAAUACAAAUCUCACUUGGAGAAGCAUUAUUACAAGUGAAGAAAAUGCAAAUGUUUUGUGACGGAAGCCCUGACGCGCUACAUUAUGGUAGCAAGAAGCUUCCAUCCAUUGCGCCAAACAUACAGAAGCUUUAUCUAUCAACACGUAAUGAGACAGUCAAUACACCAAAGGUACUUGGCAAAUUCCUGCAGCUCAAGUGCUUGGAGAUACUGCUGCUUACACCAGAUUUGUCCCCGGGCUAUGAUUUUUGUUCUCUGGUUUCCUUCAUUGAUGCUUCUCCUGCCUUGGAGACUUUUAUCCUGCGUGUAAGUUAUUAUUUAUAUGUCAAAGCUAUCUAUCAUUUAUCAGAUUGAACGGCCAGCUAAAAGACAUGAUUCGAUCCUUGAAGCAUUGAGUGGUGACUCCAUGCAUCCAAUGCGUGCUUCAGAAUACCGCCAUGACAAUCUCAAGAACAUGAUGAUAACCGGUUUUUCCUCUGCAAAGAGCAUGAUCGAUCUUGCCAACCACAUUCUCGAGAAGGCUUCGUCUCUAGAGUACCUUACAUUGGACACCACCCGUGGCUAUGACAGGAGAAAUGACAAGAUUGACCCAUGUCAAUGUUUACAAAUGAGCAAGGAAGCUCUCUUGGAAGCUGAGAAGGCUCUCCUCGCUAUUAGGAUCUAUGUUGAGGGGAGAGUACCCUCGAGUGUUAGCUUAAAGGUUAUUGAGCCCUGCAGUAACUGCCACACUGAAACUAGAAGCUAAUGAUUUUGUGUGUAGAAAGUGUUGUUUCUGCCAGUUGCAAAUACCAUUGCUCUCAUGUAUGCCUGCGUUUCAACAAUGUUGUAACUUCAUCUGUUCAAGUGAUGGAAACCUAUUUGAAGUUCUGACAUGCUUCAUGCCACAUUUUAUUGCUACUUAGCAUACAGUUCAAUUUUCCUACAUAGUGAUAAGGAAUUUAUAUGUUCUGCAUGAUGGGCGAACAAUCAAUAAAAGGGAGAAAUGACAUUA